AUGGCGGCCGCGGCGAAACUAAUGCGGUUGGCGCUCAAUCGAGUUCAAAAGCUGAACACGAUCCAACCUCCGGACAGGGCGGCAGACGAGACGGCCAAGUUCCUGUCAAAGUUCCCCACGAAAUGCAUGGAGCACGAAGAACCCGUGAAAAGUUUCUGCGCCGAUCACGACGUCCUAAUCUGUGACGUCUGCGCCCUGUCCAAUCACAAGGCCUGUCAGAUGGUGAUGGGCUUCACGGAAGCGUCCAAGGGCAUCCGAAGCAGUCGCGAGGUUACCGUUCUCGAGAACGGGCUUAAGAAAAUGAUCGAGGAUUACGAUAAAAUGUUCAAGGAACAGUCCGAGAUUUUGACGAAUCUCGCGGAACAAGAACGAGAGUUCGUGAAGGCGGUAAAACAGUUCCGGGGCGAGAUCAACGCCAUUUUGGAUCGCCUGGAAAACUCGGUGCUCGCUAAAAAAGAUAACUACACUACUCAGAGGAGAGAUACGGUUAAAGAUCACAAGCAGAGCUGCAAGACGGCAAUGACCUUACUGGAGAAUUACAGCAAAGAGCUGGACCGGUGUUACCUUGCAAACGACAACGAGGCCCUGUUUGUCUCCAUGAAGAAAACUCGCGCGGUCAUGGACAAAUACGAAACGCAGAGAAAAAACAUCGCGAAAGCACCGAAGAAGGUGUCCCUGUCUUUCGUCGCUAACAACGGUAUCGCCAAGUUCUUUCUGAGUUUACGAGAUUUUGGAGACAUGAAGGCCGACACAUCGGUAGUCACGUCCGUUCCCAGUGGAAAUGGCGCAACCACGGAGCGGCGCACCAGCAAGGGGAGUCUGAGUAGCGCCGGUGCACCGCCAUUGAGCGACCGGAAGUUCAGCCUAAUCAGCCUGCAGCAGUUUGACCGUCGCAUGAGUUCCAGCUCCAACAGCCUACAAACGUCCGAGCGAAUAAACCUUUUGUCGAGGUCAGUUGAUGUAUUAAAAAAGUAA